AUGCUACGAAUUAUUUCCUUCUUGGCUCUAUUCCGGGCUGGUCUGGCGGCUUAUUAUGUUGUUGCGCCGGCUGGAAAUUUCUCCACCACCGAAGCCUACUGCCAAUCGAUGGGGCUGCACCUGGUCUCCAUCCACAAUGUUCUUGACAACACGGCCGUACAAGUUUUUGCAGAAUCCAAAUACAUCCCAAAUUUCUGGAUCGGAAUGAGCGGAACGUCUGGAAAAUACUUCAGCUGGACCGACGGGAGCGCUUUGGAUUAUUUCAAUUGGGCUCCGGGCUUCCCGACAUACGACCCUUGCGUGGUGGAGGGAUCUGACGGUUUGUGGAAAACAACAAAUUGCGGUGCCACCUAUUUUGGGAUCUGCUUGAAGGCCCAGCCAAAGUGUGAUUUUGGGUGGACACAAUUGGCCGAGACCAGCCAGUGCUAUUUGCCAGGCCAAGCCGCCACGCAUGACGACGCCCUCGCCGCGUGCCGGAAGAUGUACGCCAGGCUGACGUCGAUCCACACCAAGUCGGAGAAUGACUUCAUUAUGGCUCUAGCCCCGCCGUCCCCCGUCCAGCAGCAGUGCAAUCCGGAGGCGCCGUACGGAAUUUGGACUGGAGGUAUGGCGAUGAACGGGUACGAUUCGUGGGCCGACGGGACCGCAUUUUCUUAUCCGAAUCUUUAUGGAAAUGGAGAUCCGUCGAGCGGUGCGAUUUACCUAGCAGCCGAGCCAGGAUGCCCGGAUUUCGGGAAAUGGCGAGUAACCCCCUCGAAGACGCUGACUUUGAGCUAUGUUUGCAAGAAAAACCCAAUG